AUGGCACCCGUAGCUCUGAGAAAGCAGGCGGCCCGCGAGGCUAAAAUAAAAAGCAUCCACGAGCGAUUGAUCGCGAAGCCACGUGAGUCACUUACGAGAGACAUUGUGAAGGCCCGACUCGAUGCCAUCAAGGAGGUAUGGACUGAGGCGCGAAAAACCAACGCGGAUAUAGUCAUUCGAGAUGAUGUUGAGGCGGACGCGUACAUCACGGAUAAAUUGUUCGAGCGUAUGCAGGGCGUGUAUGAGGGUUCUUUGGACGAGAUGCUUAUGAUGCUUGCCCCUUUCGAAAAGGACGCUGAUAGCAGCAUUUCAGAUGCGGGCUCGGAGUCGCGUGUCGUGAGGCUGCCUCGACUCCCGCUGCCUACCUUUUCGGGCGCAUACGAAGAAUGGGCGAGCUUCUGCGAUUUAUUCACUUCGCUGGUGCAUAAUGACUCCCGCUUAUCAGACGCCACGAAGCUUCAAUACUUGAAGUUGUGCUUGACGGGCGGGGCCGCGGAGCUCAUCAGGGACGUGUCGACAACGAACGCGAAUUACGUGGGUACAUGGAAAGCGUUGAGGACUCGGUACAAUAACCCGCGCUUAAUAGUCAACAAGCUACUUAGGUCAUUCAUGGAGAUUCCGAGCACGAGAGUAGAGCCGGCGACUACCAUGCGAGCGUUCGUUGAUGAAUCGCAGCGUAUUGUUCGGGCUUUGGAAAACUUGCAAUUGCCAGUCGGGCACUGGAACGUGUGGCUAGUAUUUUGA